AUGCAGUAUAUAAACACAGACCUAAAGACAGUAGUAUUAAUCACUACUUGGACAAGAGUAAGCUGUUUAAAAAAACAAGUACAAAUGUUAUUUUAAAACUACUCAAAAGUGCAAAGUUUGUAUUCUGAUGUUAUGUUCACAUCAUUUGUACUUCAGGUGUGCACAUACUCUGAGUGGACCAGUCCCAUCAUUGUGGACAUGACUGAGCUAGCUCUUUGUGCUGAGAUGGACACACUUAACUUCACCACCAAAGUCUGCUUCAAUGCUACAGUCCUCCAGAACCUGUUGGCCAAUCAGGACAAUACCUGGUUAAUACAGUACUGUGCUAACCAUUCAAAUUCAAAGAUAUCUCCUGGUGGUGAGGUGGGACAAGGAGGUGGCCUGGCUGGAUUCAAGCCUGCUGAGCAGUGCCAGUACUCCAGCUGGAGCACGUCUCUUCCUGAUGCAGUACUCCUGACUCUCUGCUGGGAGCAUGACCAGACCAGUUUUGUCUCUAAUGUAUGUCCUAAUGCCGGUCUUGUCUCUAUGUUGUCCCGAGAGCCGUCUAGUGUGUGGGUGAGCCGCAUGUGUGCCACUUACACAAACUACACUACUACCACAACCGGCAAUAGCACCACUGCUGAGCCUAAUUUUUGUCUGGCAAGAAACUUGGUAAAGCAGUUGAACUGGACCUGCUCAGCUGAAUUCGACUCAGUCUGUCAGCCUGGGGCCAGUCAGAAUAUGGCCCUGCAGAUAAUGAUGCAUUGCUGGGCAGACAGUCUGAAAUCCAGGUUGGAGGAUCUGCUGACACCACCUGCGGCUUCAGUGUUGGAGCAGGUGGUCAGCACUACUGUGGUGAUCCUCUUGGCUCUGGAGGAAGUCCAGAACACCUCGCUGCACGUCACAGAGAACAUAAGACUCGGUGUAUUAACAUCCGUAGCUCAUUAUCUUGAGAGUGAAAACAACUUCAACAACAAGAAGGUCUUGCUGCAGUGCUUUGGGCGAGUACUAACCAGCUUGAUGCAAACAGCAAGAGAUGUGACCUCUGAUGAAUUCUAUGUCAUUAAGGAGUACUUCAAUAUACCAGUGAGCAGCCUGAGGUCGGUGCUCAGUGCAGCUCACAUCACCACCAUCAGACUGAUCCUUCAGUACUAUAGUAGAAACAAGGAUACACUGCAGGUAAAUAAGCACGCCAUUACACAUCCAUGUGAAACCUUGGUACUAACCACAUUUU